CAUAUUUUCCCCUUCUUCCUUCGUACCGCGUGUUUGCGGCCAUUUUUCGCCAUUUUUCCGGUAUUUUCUUGGCAACUUCUUUUUCCCUUUGCGUUCGCGUCCGUGCGUGCCUGUGUCCUGUGCCUCGGUGUGUGUGUGUGUGUUGGUGCCUAUUUGUGGGAAUAUGUGCGCCGUGUGACCGGCUGGUCGCGACCACGCAUAUCGCACCGCCAAACGCCAAUCGCUAAACGCCGGGUGCGCGCACGACGAUCUCUUCCGACUUCCGACCUUUACCCGGGCGGCAUUCCCUGCCCUUCCAUCCUUCUCGGACGCAGAGAGAAUACCAGCAAUCGCCACUCCACUCCACUCCACUGUAGGCAUCUCUAAUGGGUCACCGGCGAAAGCGAAACAACCACAAUCCACCAAGCAAUCAACAGCAGCAGCAGCAGCAGCAGCAGCAACAAGUAGAGAAUCAGACAGACAGCAGACAAGAAAACAAGCAGCUUACGAUGGCGGAUAACAGCGGAUGUCGCCGUACACAUUGUACGGAGGACGAUGCUCUGGAUGAGCUGCAAGAUACACAGCCACUGAUCCGAGCAGAUAAUCGAACGCACCUAGCUCGAACCCUGUUUUUUAUUUAUCUUCGCGCGCUUUUCCCGGUUCUGCGCACACAUCACAUCCCCACACACCACUACACGCCCGGAGCUGGUUCUGUCGGUGUUUGGUUCUAG